AUGUCGAAGAAAAAGUCAAAGAACAAAGCCAAAGCGGGUUCUGAUCUCAAGAAACAGAUCCGCGCCAUGAUCGACUCUGCCUAUAAACAAAACAAGCAGAUCGAUAGAAAGGCCAUCAAGGCAAGGUUCCUGGCGGAGCACCCAAACAAACAACAGUCCAUCAACGACAUAGUGAAUACAUAUUCGGAUCAUCUCGAGAGUAAGGGCAAGAAGGAUGGCAAGAAGCAAGUGUCAACCCCAGCUGUGAAGCAAUCUCCACCAUCGCGAAAGGCCGCCGGAGUGAGUCUGAAAUCUAGCUCUGCGUUAAAUACCACGCCUACUACAGACCAGCACUCUGGGCCAUCUCGAGUUGGGAGUAUCCAGCCUCAGGAGGCAAACGGAGACUUGAAAGACUUGAUCGACUUUUCCUCAGACGACGAGCGCGAUAGCUUCACAAUCACUCACACGGACAGCGACGAAGGCUACGGGCAAUCAGAGCAGCUAGAAAACGUCAUUCUCAAAGAGUUCAAGGAACAUCUGGCUGUUCAGGAUGGCGACCUUCCAGAAACUCCCUCUACAACCAGCUCGACUAUGCCUUCUCUCGAGGACCAACUCCAGUUCCUCAACACCGAUCCCACGGAAGAAGGACCACCCAGAGACGCACCGAGGAACCUGGAGCACGCCAUUCUGGUUACCCCGUCUGCAGAGAACCUGGGACACAGAAUGCCGUCGCAAUCUGCUCUGCUUGGCCAGCUAGAUACCCGAGAAUCCAAGGCCGUUUCGGACCCUCGCGUAAUGCUCAACGCGAACAUUCCAUUCUCGGCAUUUAUCUGUGGCCUUCAGGGAAGUGGGAAAUCGCAUACAACGUCCUGCAUCAUAGAGAACUGCUCCUUGACAUUUCCUGCACUGGGAAACCUGAAAAAGGCCGUCUCAACCCUGGUGCUCAAUUUUAACGAGUACAGCUCAAACAUCAGCUCUCAGCCUAGUGAGGCGGCCUUCCUCGCAUCGAUCAUGCCCCAAUACGCCUCCCGCCAACAGCCCAUCCCCGUGCGCGUCUUAGUGUCGCCAACGAACUUUCACAAUCUGGGAAGAAUGUACUCUCAGAUUCCAAACGUGGAGGUGCGCCCUUUCCAGCUGCAGCCGCGUCAUCUCAACAUCAGCAUGAUGCUGUCUCUCAUGUCCAUGGGAAAGAACGACUCGAUGCCGCUGUACAUGGCCCAAGUCAUCCGGGUCCUGCGUGAAAUGGCAAUCGAGAGUGGUGGGCACUUCGACUAUGCGAAAUUCCGCGCACGACUGGAUUCAUUGCGUCUGGACCGCGCCCAGACUCCUUUCCUGUAUCAGCGGCUGGAUUUGCUGGAUUCGUACCUUGACCUCAGUGGGAGGAACGACAAAGAUUACUUUAUUGAUGGGGGAGUGACUAUUCUGGAUUUGUCGUGUCCGUUUGUCGACGCGAAUACGGCGUGCAUUCUGUUCAGAAUUGCCAUCGAUCUGUUCCUGUACUCUCACUCGGCUAGAGGGAAGAUGAUUGUUGCGGAUGAAGCGCAUAAGGUACCGGCUAUUUAUGUCUGA